AUGUCGUUUCCUCCACAAAAUCUUCAAAAUUUCCAAGGUUUUGGAAAUUCUAUGAAUCAUUUGAAUUAUGCCUCUCGAGGUCCAUAUCAAUCGCUUUCAGUCGAAUAUUGGCAAAACAUGAGACAUCUGUAUUUCACGCCGUCGGUUGUUCAUGGAUAUGGUACCCCGCACACAACUGGUAUGUCUUUCACUCCUUCGAUGUCGAAUGAACCUGCAAUGCCGACUUUUGUCCCGGAGACUCAACUUUCCGACCGUGAAUCUCCAAUUGAGGUGGUCAAUUUAGAAAAGGCGGUUUCAAAUGCUGAGGGUACAAGAAAACGUUCAAGUUGGACAAAGGUUGAAGACGAGAUCUUAGCGAGAAGUUUUGUCACUAUCAAUGAUGACUUAAUAAUAGGCAAUGAUCAAAAGGCGGAUGCUUUUUGGGGACGGGUUGCAAGCUACUACAAUGAGAAUCUUCCCCUAAGUUCAAACAUCAGAAGUGCAAAUGUUAUACGGUCACAUUGGCACAAUACAAUCCAAAAGAAGGUAUAUUGA